CUGCUGGCUCGGGGGAAGCGGCCCUUCCUGUGACGGUCCAUUUCCUGGCCGGAGCGGGCAGCGGGCGGAGGGGGAGACGGGCAGCGGCGGCGGCUGCACGGCAUGGUCUUCUCGCUGCCGGCCCCCCCGGCUGCCUCCGCCGCUCCUCGCCUGCCCGCCGCUGCUACAGUGUAGCGAUGCUGCAGGGCCGGCGCGGCGCCCGCAGCGGAAGCCGCGAUGGUAACACUGUGGCCCGGCCAGGUCUGAGUGCGAAUCGCAGCCGCUGGACGGGGCCAGCGAAACCUUCCUGGGCUGCCCUUUAAGGAGGGGGAAGCAGAAGAGCUUGCCUCCCCCCACCCUCCAUCCCCAGCCCUUCCUUUCGGCCCGCCUGGCAGGGAGCUCUUGUCCGUUUGACCUUCUCCCUCCCUCUGUGGCGGAGGGAAGCCUGGCACCCCCCUAGCUGAAGAAGAGGAAGAAGAGGAAGAAGAAGAAGCCAAGGGGGUGGAGGGGCGCAGGUUGGCACUUUGGGGACCAUGAAGAAAUUUUUUGACUCUCGCCGGGAGCAGGGAGGAUCCGGAGCUGGUUCGGGCACCCUCGGAGGCGGUAGUAGCAGCAGCACCGGGCCUGGGAGUGGAUAUGUUGGCCGGGUCUUCAGCGUGGGGAGGCAGCAGGUGACAGUGGAGGAGGUAGUGGCAGAAGGUGGCUUCGCUAUCGUAUUUCUGGUGAGGACUAGCAAUGGGAUGAAAUGUGCCCUCAAACGAAUGUACGUGAACAACGAAUACGAUUUACAAGUUUGCAAACGGGAAAUCCAGAUUAUGAGGGAUCUUGUGGGACACAAGAAUAUUGUCGGCUACAUUGACUCCACAAUCAACUCGGUGAGCAGCGGAGAUGUCUGGGAAGUCCUAAUCUUGAUGGAUUUUUGCCGAGGAGGCCAAGUGGUGAAUUUGAUGAACCAGCGCUUGCAGACGGGAUUCACGGAAAACGAAGUCCUGCAGAUCUUUUGCGACACUUGUGAAGCGGUGGCCAGGCUGCACCAGUUCAAAUCCCCGAUCGUCCACAGGGAUCUGAAGGUGGAGAAUGUCCUGUUACACGAUCGUGGCCAUUAUGUCCUCUGUGACUUUGGGAGCGCCACCAAUAAAUCUCAGAAUCCUCAGUUGGAGGGCGUGAACGUAGUGGAGGAAGAAAUUAAGAAGUAUACCACCCUCUCGUACAGAGCUCCAGAGAUGGUCAACCUCUACAGUGGCAAACUGAUCACCACAAAAGCGGAUAUCUGGGCCCUGGGCUGUUUGCUCUACAAACUCUGCUACUUCACUCUGCCCUUUGGGGAGAGCCAAGUGGCGAUUUGCGACGGCAACUUCACCAUUCCUGACAACUCACGCUACUCCCAAGACAUGCACUGCCUAAUAAGGUACAUGCUGGAACCUGAUCCUGACAAGAGGCCUGACAUUUACCAGGUCUCUUACUGUGCAUUCAAGCUUGCUAAGAGGGAAUGUCCCGUCCCCAAUGCACAGAAUUCUCCAAUUCCUACCAAACUUCCAGAACCCGUGAAAGCUAGUGAAGCUGCUGCUAAGAAAACUCAGCCCAAAGCCAGGCUGAUGGAUCCUAUUCCGACAACAGAAACAUCCAUCACACCACGCCAGAGACCCAAAGCUGGGCAAACGCAACCAAAUCCAGGAAUUCUACCCAUUCAACCUGCCUUGACUCCCAGAAAGAGACCUGCGGUCCAGGCCAGCAUCCAGCCGCAAGCUCCAGCUCCGUUGGCGGCCAGCCAGCCUCCCCUUCCUGCAGCGAUGCCUCAGCCAAACUCUCUGCCUCAACCGACUCAGCCCAAGCCCGCUGGCGCUGCCCAGCCGGUGGCUGCCGCGGCCACCGCACAAGCCCAGCUCCCUUCAGCCCAGGCCACGCCGCAGCAUCAGCUCUUCCUCAAGCAGCAGCCGGCGGCGGCCACGGCUCUCUUUUAUCAGCAGCCCCCGCAGAUGCCGCCCCUGCAGGUUCAACAGGCCCACAAGAUGCCACAGGCUGCCCUGACGCCUGGAAAGCCUCAAUUCCCGGUGGUGCAGCAGGGAGCAGUGGCCGCCACGCAGCCGCCGCCACCGCCACAGCUGUUGGCCCAGCAGGCCACCAUCCAAGCCAAGAUUGUUGCCGGGCAGCAGAAGCCCCCCGCACAGCUCCUGCAGCAACCGCAGGUGCCGUCUUCAGUGGCACCAACGGCGCCCAACCAGGAACACCCGCAAGCACCUCCAAGGCAACAAAAGAUGUCAACCACUCCUCCAUCAGCUAUACAGGGACAGAAGGUGGGGUCUCUCACGCCACCAUCGUCCCCCAAGACUCAGCGAGGUGGACACCGGAGGAUUCUAAGCGAUGUGACCCACAGCACUGUCUUCGGGGUCCCAGCCAGUAAAUCAACACAACUGCUACAGGCAGCAGCUGCGGAAGCCAGCCUCAAUAAGUCCAAGUCUGCCUCGACUACCCCUUCGGGGUCUCCAAGGACCUCUCAGCAAAAUGUCUACAACCCACCAGACGUCUCUACUUGGAACCCUUUUGACGAUGACAACUUCUCCAAGCUGACGGCAGAGGAGCUGCUGAAUAAGGAUUUUGCAAAAUUAAGCGAUGGUAAACCUCCUGAGAAACUUGACAGUUCAACGGAGAACCUGAUCCCAGGUUUUCAGCCCGCACCUUCCGCAGCGCAGUCAGACGCAUUCGGCUCUUCUCCUCUUGCACCCAUCUCAGUUGAAAAAACAAAAGACAUUCUGGAUACCAGUCCUCCACUUCUGGCUGUUACUGACCCUUUCAUUCCUCUUCCACUGUCAGAUACACCAGAAAAACUGAUCGAGGGCCUCAAAUCUCCUGAGCCUGCGCUCCUGCUCCCCGAUAUCCUGCCACUGGCCGAUCCCUUCGGUUGCACCUCCGAUGCUAUGAAUGGAAAAGCUGACCUCACCGCCGAGAGUCUCAUUCCGGGCCUCGAGGCGCCUGUGCCCCAGCUCACGUCCUCCCAGGCAGAUUCGGUGGCUUCAAGCAGAGCAGAUUCAAUCACUGUGGAAGACUCCUUGCUUGAUUGCUCUCUGCUUUCUAAUCCUGGCACUGACUUCCUGGAUGAGUUCGCUCCUUUAGCUGUUUCAUCCCAAACUCACAAAGAAGAUACUAACCUGAUAUCAGGCUUUGAUGUCCCUGGGGGCUCUGAAAAAGUGACAGAAGAUGAGUUUGACCCCAUCCCUGUGUUAAUAUCCAAAAAUUCACAAGGACGGCAAGGGAAGCCAGCUGCGUAUUUCAUGGUCAGCGCUGAGCAAGAGCGAAGGCCGGGCCCCACCAGUUCCUUGCUGCUGAAUAAGCCACAGCAGAGUCACCUCGGCGGAGACGCCGACUUCUUUGUGAGGGACGGUCUCUCAAGCAACAGCUCCUUCCACAGCAGCGAAGGGGAAGGGACCGACCACGAGGGAGACAUCCUGGACUGCAGUGGAUCCAGGCCUCUGCUGAUGGACUCGGAAGAGGAAGAGGAGGCUUGUAAAAUGAACCCCCCUCUUCAGGAAAGGGGAAGGGGUUCCCCAAAGGAUUUGAACCUCCCACCGGCCCAGAAUGUGCCAGGGCCGGUUCUGUUCGAGGCUUUUCCACAACGAGCUGCGGAAAGGUCUGAAGGAGACACCGACGUGUUUGCCACGGCCCCUUUCCGAGGCUCUAAAAGCUACUGUGAUGACUUGGACAUUUUCACGAAAGCGCCAUUUCUCUCCAAAAGCCAAGUCUUUCCUAAGCCGCUGGAUGAAGGCGACGUGUUCCUUAGAGCUCCGUUCACAAAGAAGAAAAGCCAGGAGGAGUUGGCAUCUCUCCAUGUGGUUAAGGAACCUCCUGCCACUGGGCCAUUCCUAGGCUCAGCUGGGGCUGCUCAGUACCCACGUGCCCCUACAUUCCAGAACCUGGAGGUGGGCAGCCAUGGCUCCCUUCUUCCCCAAAGUCAGUAUUCGGGAGCCUCAUCGAUUCAGCCCUCAAGAGCAAGUGACAGCCCAGAGGCCCACCCUCCCAAAGGCGCCUCUGGAGAACUUGGCCCCCUAGCCAAUGACACACUCCAGAGACAGGUGGGCCUCCAGGAAGGCUUCUUGGGAGCAAAGAACAGCCCGCCUUUCCACCCACAGUCCUUAGCGAAAUACUCCCGACACUACAGUCCCGAAGGCAGGCAAGGGGCCAGUGGCCAACCCAUCGCGGCUUACAAAGUUGUAUCUCAGACCAACAAGCAGGUGAUAGCUGGGUCGGUUUCUAUCGCCUCGGUUUCUUCCAGGACUAAAGAACUGCCCUCGACUGACCCAUUUGCAUCUGCCCCCUUUCCUUCCAAACUGGGGAAGCAGAAGCCCUAGAUGGUUUCUACGGUGGCUUCCUUUCCAGUAUGUGGCUUCUGACCCAACAGGGGUCUUCUUCUCAAGAACUUGCAAACAGACUCCAUGAAACUGGACACUCUCUCUACUUCAACCAUCCUGCUCAACACUCUUGCUGUGGUGGGACUUUCCUGAUUCCUAGGAAGCCUCCUCCUCAGAGCACCCAUAGCCAGCGAUGGAGACUUUGGGUUUCUUCUGCAGCCACUAUCAGCUGAGCAACGCACUUUCCAGUCUAAAACUGUUUGGGUCAAUGUUUAUCCUUAAGCCAGAAAUCCCACAGGCAACCUAGUAGGCAGGACCCGUUUUGCCUUGGUCGAAGGUUAGUGGAGCAUCUCAACAUCGUGUCAAAUGUGUCUGUACCAGGAAAAGAUAACCAAAUGGAAGAUUAUUUAUUUUGUUCUGUUUGUCCUACAAAGAAGCUGAGAGGACUCUACUUGAUGCUACUGUUUCUGGAGUAAUUCUCCAUUUGAAACCGAAGCCGUCUUCUACAAUGUGCAUUUUCCGUUCUUUUUGUCCGAAUUGAAUUCCUAUCCUAAGCCAUGUUCAAUCUGGGCAAACGUUGGCUAGGAUUUAGGCUAUAGUCUUACCUGACAGUAUAACAGACCAUGGAGUAGACUAUAAACCGUUUCUGUUAUUUUCUGUUCUUUGUAUAAGCCUGGGAAAGCGCCUGGUGGUUUAAAAGAGUUUUUGCCAGCUUUUUAAAGGGGAGUUGUUGUAACUUUUGUAAAGCUUUCCAUCAUUUGCUCUCCAUUUUUUUGCAAAACCAGGUUUUUUCCCGCCCCCCUUAUGAGAGAUCAUCCAAAAAAUUGUUAAGGGAAAAUUCCCAUUCUCUUGCCUUCGAACUCCACUUUCUCCAGGGCUGAAUUUUCUAGCUUUCUACUUUUAGAGCCACAUGUUUCCCCCCCCUUUUGCCACUGAAUUUGCAGCCCCCUGGAUCUGAAAAAAGUGCUGUAGCUACACCCAGGAGUCCCGGCUUCCAACUCUGCGGAAUGAAGGCAAAAGCAGCCUUUUUUGAACCCUUGAAAAACAGUCCACUUUUUCCGAGACUUUGUAAACCAUGAGAUGAGCCUUGUCCCACUUUCUCCACCUCCUCCUCUCCUCUGCCCCUCAUCCGUGGAUGGGGGAGGAAAGGAAAACCAGAUGUCCCUCAUCCCUAUGUUCAUUCACGACUAACCCCAAAAUUGGUGCACUUGGUUUGAGUGUGCUACUUUCCACUACUGAAUGUGGCAAUUCAGACCUUUCCAUGAGUGUGUUCUGUCCUAGUGGAAAGGCAGGGGAGAUGCGAGUAAGAGGGCACCUAGGGGUCCCCUUUUAUACUAGCUUCUCUCAAAUAUAUUCCCUCCACUUGUGCUAGAUUUCAAAUUUCAUAUCAUCUCCAGCCCACCUAGGGUGCAGCUGUUCGAAACGCAGGUGAGCUAAUUUGCGACUUUGGGUGCAGUUACGUCUCUCGGAUGUUCAGAGUCGAUCCUUGUUUUUGUUUUGCACUGCACAGGUGACCAAGGAAAUGCUUCACCCCUAGUGAUUUUUUUCAGGCGUUCAAUCAGCUGCCAUCCUAUCUACAGUCCUGGGAUUCCACUACAGUCAAUGGAUUCCCCCUUCUGCAAAUGCCUCUUCUCUGACGGCGUUUAAAAGUGGAAAUCUGGUUCUCUAAAAGGACUCGGUCGACCGUUUAAAUCCUUGCUAGGACAAUCCAGAAGAACCGAGAACGGGAUCUAUUCUCGAACUGAACUCGUGCUGGGGAAAUUCAGUUGCUGGCCACAGGUUGACUUUUCAGCUGUGAAGACUGCUGCCAUGUGCCUUUUCUGGAAAAAAAAACAAAAAACGUUGUUGCGUAUAUUUGCUGAGCUGACGAGGCAAGAUACUCACAUUUUUUACCUCUUGAAAACAUAUCAAAGACCCCGUUUGUAUUUUUCUUGAGAUUUGAACCUGUUCUCAGCGGGGAGUAUAAUCACUUGAUGGCUCCUUUUUGAAGGUGGGGGACGCACUUUCUACCACUCUCCCGUGCUGUGGUUGCUGCAUUUAUUGGGUAGGGAAGUGGCAUGACCUGAAUUGUGGAAAAUAACGCUCCCCAAUUUCAUUGAGACUUUAUAAAAGACUGUUGAGGUCUGGAUUCCCUACCUUCCUUCUCUGACCUGCGGGAGAACUUGCACUUUUGAAAACGAUCAGAUUUCAUAGGAGAAUAAAAUGCUUCUUUCCAUCACGAGUAUUAAAAGAACGGGAGCAGAAACUGGUGGAAGGGGUAUAAGAUAAUUGAGAUGCUAAAACAAAAUGCCUCCUAAAGCAGGGGUCUCCAACCUUGGCAACUUUACGACAUGUGGACUUCAAGUCCCAGAGUUUCUCAGUCAGGGACUUGAAGUCCACAAGUCGUAAAGUUGCCAAGGUUGGAGACCCCUGUCCUAAAGCAAUGGUCCCCCAACCUUUCUGGCUUUGUGGACUGGUGGGGGGCAGGGGAGAGAGGAAACGGUUCUGUGCCAGCAACAGGCGUGCACACUUGCAACUCCAUUUUUGUGUUUCGUGCCCGUCGCUCACACAAAUGGAGCUUCACACGUUUGUGUGAGUGCCCACCAUUGGCACAAAUGGAGCUGCGUGUGUGAAUUACGUGCCUGCUACUUGCCCAGCCCGGUUCCAAAGGGGCUGCGGCCCUGGGGGUUUGGGGACCCCUGUCCUAAAUUUGACAGUUUUUAAUUCAGUCUUCCCAGGACCCUCAUUUUGACUGCUGGGCUCUGCGUCUUUUCAUGCAUCCUGUUUCAAGAGACCCACCUGAGUGUGUGCAGAAGCCUUUUCCCACAAGAUGUGAUAGUUCAUCCUUCUAGGAAAUGGAUGCUGGAAAUGAUUUUGGGAUGAAUUAAAGCAUCUUGCCUGCUGACACAUUCCUGGACUGUAAAUACAGGAGGUUGGCUGUAGGUUGAGCCAACACCCCAAUGGGGCUCACAACAUCUCUUGGCCAGGACUUCCCUCCUUGUGCACCUACCUCAUCUCUUAAGCAGGUGCUGGAGUGUUGUUUUUUUUUUCUGGUUGUAGUUUUGCUUUAUUUUUAAAUGCAGUUUUUUUUUUCUGCAGAACUUAUUAGUAUCAGUUAGAGCUUGCAGAAAGAAAUUUGAUGGUUCAAAAAUUUGGAUUAUCUUUUUUGGAAGAGGGAGAGGUGAUUCUCAAAAGCAUGGAUGCGGACUUUUGCACCUCUGCUUCUGGAAACGGAAGACUGAACGUGCUUCUUUGCCGUCUUCAAUUCAGUUAAAUGUUAUCUGUCGUGGUUUGAGAGGGCUCCUAACACAUUGGGAAGACCCACUCUUAAGAAGCCACAUAGCUCUGAGGAACAUUCCCCAUGACAUACCUUGAAAGGUAUUAUUUUAGGCCAGAAUAUCUAUUGUGAAAAAAUUAGGAACUGCAAAGAGGUCAUCUAUGUAAGAUAACACCGUGUGGUGACUCAGAACAUCACAAUUUUUCCAACCUGGUGUUUUCCAGAUGUAUCGGCCAGGGUAGGAGACUAGGAGCCUGAAUAUGCAAUGCAUCUGGAAGGGGUUUAUUUGAGGAAGUCACCUGUGAUCUCUGUUUAAUUGUGGACAAAUGUCCAGUUUGGAAUUUUCCGUUGUCCCUGUGUUUCAUCAGGGAUCUAUAGAAAUUUGGCCGCCUCCUAUGGUUCUUGAAGACAAUGGGAAUGUUUUCAUUUUACUUUGGUGACGAAUAGAUCGAAUUCUGGUGUUUACAUCACUGUUACAAUCAGUUAACUCGGUUGCUACUAGUUUUAGUUGGGUGCUUUGAGAAUCAUUGCAGAAAUCGCUCCCCCGAAGAAAAUAACUUUUGAAUGGGCUAGUAUUAUUAAUAUUAAUAUUAUUAUUGUAGCAGUAGUAAUAGUUUAAAAAGUUCUACAGAAGUUCACGUGGGACAGAUGGUACUUGAGUAGCAGUUCAGUGUUCUCACCCACAGUGACUUUGAUUUAAAGCUGCCAAAGUUGAGAAACGCUGCUGUAGGACACAGAAUCCAAAACUCUGCAAUUUUCCACCUUACCUAAUUAGUCCUUUGGGUGCAGGUAUUUUUCUGUUCAUAUCAGUGUGUGAGAACAUAACACAUGUAGACCUUAACAGAUUUCUUGUAUUUAUUUGGCAUUUUUAAGCAUUCCCUUCAUCUCUGCCCCUGUCUGUCUUAAUCUUGAUGGUGAUGGAAAGAGUAGGCUUAACUUAAUAAUAAUAAUAAUAAAAAACCACCCCAAACUCUAUACUUCCAAUUCCAGGAGAAUAAAAAUAUGAGCCAAAUAAUGCAAUGUUGAAAAAUGCAAUACUUUCUCCUGUAUUGAUAUAGUAAUCACUUGGGCUUGUGUUUGUUUGUUUGUAUGCAUGUAUGGGCUACUAUCUUUUGCUGUUUAUUUUGUGAGAUUUGAAUUCAUUGCUGCAUAAUAUCGAUGAACAAGGGGGUCGUCUAAAUUUGGGGAAUAUUCUGCUAACUGUUCCUGAAAUGUAGUUGUUCCAAUAGGACUCUUGAAAGACUCGUCCUCGCAAGUCCUGUCAUCCCUGAUGGAGACACACAAACUGAAGGUGGUGAAAAUCUGAUGCGCGUUCGGCUUUUUUUGGUCAGGUGCAAUAUUAAACAUGUGAACACGUUUAA